UGACAAUCAACACACCGGCAAACGAGAUUCCAAAACAUCCCCAUUUCACCCUGACAAGAUGUUCAGCUCAAUCCGUCACAUAGCCAGGAUGUAUCCUGGUCUCAGGCAGACGUUGCUGCUGCAGAAGAGCACGGAAAUCCCCAUUGCGUACACUUCCACGAGAGCGCUCAGCCUCAGCCAGAGACGCCUCAAGAGCAAGGACAAGAAGAAGGACCACAAGAAGCCGACAAAGGUGGAGAUCAACGAGGAUCUCCUGCGGGAGCACAUCAAGUACGACACUCUGAUGGAUCACAUGCAGAAGGCCAUCGUGAAUCUCAAGGAAGAGUACAUCCGGAACAUCUCCCUGCGCUCCACCACAGGCGCCUUGGAGGAACUGAAGGUGAAGGUGGACGGAAAGGAGCACAAGCUGCAGGAGUUGGGACAGAUUAUCCGGAAAAAUCCACAAGUUGUGGUGAUAAAUCUGAGUGGUUUUCCCCAAACAAUUCCCGCAGUUUUGACCACACUGCAGAAGAGUGGCAUGAAUUUGAAUCCCCAACAAGACGGAACCACUCUGUUCAUCACUGUCCCUCCCGUGACGAAGGAGCACCGUGAAAAUCUGGCAAAAGGGGCGAAGGCGCUCUUCAUCAAGUGCCGCGACACCAUCCGGACAACCCAGAACGACACCGUGAAGAAGAUCAAGCGAUCAGACAGCGUGAGUGAAGACAUUGGCUACAACAUUCAACACCAAAUCGUGGCCAUUGGGGACAAAUUUGUGGCUGAGGCGGAGAAAAUCCACGAGACGAAGCACAAAGAACUCUUGGGAGACAAGAAGUAGGGAGAAAUAAAGACUUUUUCGCAUGUUCAGUACUCAC